GGUCACACUCAAAAAAAGCGCUGUGUAAUUCUGCUGUUUCAACAACGAAAAAAAAGGCACAAAAGUAAUCGCCGACUCACAGUGAAUACAAAAUAACGUAGAUAUAAAUACAUAUUGUUGUGGAAAUAGUAGGCAUCGCAAGGCAGUAACGCAGACAUGACGGGCGAGACCAAGCAGGAGAAGAAGCAGCCGCAACCGGCGGCCACGGGCGGCGAUGCCAAGGAUCCGAAGGCCAAGAAGGACGAGAAGAAGGAUGCCAAGGACAAGGAGCAGCAGCCGGAGCUCUCCGACGAGGACCAGCAGCUGCAGGAGGAGCUGGAGCUGCUGGUGCAGCACCUGCAGGAGACGGACGUGAAGCUCUACCAGCCGACGCUGGAGAUGAUGGCCAAGCUGAUACGGGCCUCCACCACGUCGAUGACCUCGGUGCCCAAGCCGCUCAAGUUCAUGCGCCCGCACUACGACACCAUGAAGACCGUGUACAAGCACAUGCCCGAUGAACAGGCCCGCCAGCUGUGCGCCGACAUCAUCUCGGUGCUCUCGAUGACCAUGGGCAGCGGCAAGGAUUGCCUGGCCUACCGAUUCCUCUGCGAUCGCAAGCAGCGCAUCGGCGACUGGGGACACGAGUAUGUGCGUCAUCUGUCCGGCGAGAUAUCCGCUCACUAUCACGACACAACGGGCGACUUUCGGGUGCAGCUCAUCGAACUGGUCAAGCAGAUCAUUCCCUACAACAUGGAGCACAACGCCGAGGCGGAUGCCUGCGAUCUGCUGAUCGAAAUCGAUCACCUGCACCUGCUGGGCGACUACGUGGACGAGUCGGCCUAUCCGCGCGUCUGCCUCUAUCUGCAGUCCUGCUAUCCCUACGUUCCCGAGCCGGAUAACACCAUUAUUCUGGAAACUGCCCUUCAGUUGUCGCGCAAGUUCAACCAGCACACCCAGGCCAUGCGCCUGGCGCUGAUGCUCAACGACAUGGACAAGAUCGGGGAGAUCUUCAAGGAGCCCAAGGAGCCGGCCAUGCAGAAGCAGCUGGCCUUCAUGCUGGCCCGCCAACAGAUUUGCCUGGAGCUCGACGAGUCGGUGCCGGACUACGAUGAUCUCAUGGAGAUCAUGUCCAAUGCUAAUCUGAACAAGCACUUCCUGAAUCUGGCCCGCGAACUGGACAUCAUGGAGCCCAAGACGCCGGAAGACAUUUACAAGUCUCAUCUGGACAACUCGCGCUCCCGCUUCGCGUCCAUCCAGGUGGACUCGGCCAAGCAGAAUCUGGCCGCUAGCUUUGUGAAUGGCUUCGUCAAUGCAGGUUUUGGUGUGGAUAAAUUGCUGUCCGAGGACGGCAACAAGUGGCUGUACAAGAACAAGGAGCACGGCAUGCUCUCGGCCACCGCCUCGCUGGGUCUGAUCCUUCUGUGGGACGUGGAUGGCGGUCUGACCAUGAUCGACAAGUACUUGUACUCCACGGACGACAACAUCAAGUCCGGCGCUCUGCUGGCCUGUGGAAUCGUUAACUGCGGCAUCCGUAACGAAGUGGAUCCGGCCCAUGCCCUGCUCUCCGACUACAUUGAUAACCAGAACACGUGCAUGCGCGUUGGCGCCAUCCUUGGCCUGGGCAUUGCCUAUGCUGGCUCCAAUCGCUCCAUUGUGAUCGACACCCUGAAGACGGUCUUCUCGUUCGGCAGCAACAACAAGAGCUCGGCCAGCGUGGAGAUUCUGGGCAUCACGGCCCUGUCGCUGGGUCUGAUUAGUGUUGGCUCCUGCAACGCGGAGAUCACCGAGAUCCUGCUGCAGACCAUCAUGGGUCUGACCAAGUCGGAUCUGAAGGACACCUACACCAGGUUCCUGUUCUUGGGACUGGGUCUGCUUUACUUGGGCCGUCAGAAGUCCACCGAGGCAGUGAUGAUGACCCUGGAGGUUUUGGAGGAGCCACACCGCAGCAUGGCCACCACCAUGGUGGACAUUUGCGCUUAUGCUGGCACUGGCAACGUCCUCAAGAUCCAACAGCUGCUCCACAUCUGCUCCGAUCACUACGAGACCGCAAGUGCCGAUGACGAGAAGGAAAAGAGCAAGAAGGACAAGGGCAAGGACAAGGACAAGGAGAAAGAGAAAGAGAAGGAAAAGGAGCGCGAGAAGGACUUGUCGGCCACCCAAUCGAUCGCCGUGCUGGGCAUUGCUCUGAUCGCCAUGGGCGAGGACAUUGGCGCCGAAAUGGCAUACCGCUCCUUUGGCAACCUACUGCGCUAUUGCGAGCCGGCCAUCCGACGAGCCGUGCCCCUGGCCUUGGGCCUGAUAUCCGCCUCCAACCCCAAGCUGAACAUCAUCGACACGCUCAGCAAGUUCUCGCACGACAGCGACGCCGAGGUGGCGCACAAUGCGAUCUUUGCCAUGGGUUUGGUGGGCGCCGGAACGAAUAACGCUCGCCUGGCCUCAAUGCUCCGCCAGUUGGCGCAGUACCAUUCGAAGGAUCCCAGCAAUCUGUUCAUGGUGCGCAUCGCCCAGAGUCUGACGCACUUGGGCAAGGGCACUCUGUCGCUGAGUCCCUACCACAGCGAUCGCCAGCUGAUGAACCCCAUGGCCGUCGCCGGUCUGAUGGCCACGUUGGUGUCCCUGCUGGACGUGAAGAACCUGAUCCUGAACCGAUCGCACUAUCUGCUCUACACUUUGGUGCCUGCCAUGCAGGCCCGCAUGCUGAUCACCUUCGAUGAGGAGCUCAACCAGCUGCAGGUGCCCGUUCGCGUCGGCAUUGCCAUCGAUGUGGUGGGCCAGGCUGGCAAGCCCAAGACCAUCACCGGCUUCCAGACCCACACCACGCCCGUCCUGCUGGCCAUCGGCGAGCGCGCCGAGCUGGCCACCGAUGAGUAUCUGGCGCUCACUCCGGUCAUGGAGGGCUUCGUCAUACUGAAAAAGAACCCCAACUUUGUGAAAUAGAAAGUGCAUUCAAACAUUUAACGUUUAAGGUCAUAUGCGAGAAAUUGAAGUUCAGCAAACUCUAACUCCCAAUAAUUAUUUGUUCCCCUUAUUGGCAGUUGAUUCAAAUGUCAUUAAUACGAAAUAUAUCUACUUAUAAAAAAUAAAAACAGAAGUUUACACUUUUA